AACACAUUGCCUACAAAUUGUGUUGUGUGAUACUCUCCAAAACCAACCUGACUUGUGUGGCAUUGUUUGCCCCUGUAUUCAGGUUUCAAGUAACCAAAUUAAAGCAGCUCUGUGAGUCUCUAGGGAAGAAGACGUUCUUGCUGUGGAUGAAAUAAGUAAAUCUGAAAUACACAGGCAAUGGUCUCUUUAUGUUUUUAUCCACAGUAAUAGACUACAGCUCUAGAAUUUCUUCUUAUCAGAAUUAAAUGGCUUAGUUGUGACGUUACUAUGUUGAUCAAUACAUGCGAAAUGAGUGGAUACUUUAUAUUCAUGCCCCAGGACAAGACUAUGGCUUCCACUGCAGAUGCCUCUGGUAGUUCUCCUACAAAGACACACUGUGCUCAUGAUGAGGACAAGACUUUGGCUUCCAUUGCACAUGCCACUGGUGGUUCUUCUACAAAGACACAGAAAAACGCUACAAAGAAGAGGUGUCGCCCAUCCCCUAACAAAAAGGUUGCUAAAAAACUUUUCACUGCUGAGCAAGCUGGAGAUGACAGUGGCAGUGGUAAUGAUGGUGCAGGUGCUUCUGAUCAGACCAGCCCAAAUAAGGAUGCAUGAGCAGUCGAGCUCGUGCUCAUUUUGCCUCCACCAGUUGCGGCCAACUUUUGUGUGUGCUCUCCGGUGAAGAGUCUGAUGCAUUCAGUACUUUUGUGUUUUUGUGCUUCGUCCAUGGACCUGCAAGCUGUGUAGCAUCAUUGUUAGCUGUUGAUUUCAGUGCAGCUACAUAGUUUGGUAACUAUGGAUACUGGUUGAAACAUGUAGAUUAAUGGUGCUCGGAUGUACUGCAAUGUCGAAAUGUUUCAAAUGCCGGUCAGACACCUCUGAUCGAUAGGAUAGCCAUGGUGCUCGGAUGUAUUGUAAUAUUGAUGAUCUAGAUGCUGAACAGAUACCUCUUGGAUGUGCUCGGAUGUGCUGUAACGUUGAUGAUCAGAAUGCCAGACACACAAUGUGCUGUAACG